AUGGCCCCUCGGUUCGCCAAUCAGAUUCUUCGAUCUGCGCUAAUCCAAUGCACUGAUCCAAAUGCCGUGGGCCUACACAACCUAAUGGCGCCAGACACGUUUGAAUGGCAAACGGUGUGUGCACGCUACCCCUCCGGCCCCACCAGCUCAACGCGGAUUUGUCAGUUCGGCGGGAAGCCGGACCGAGAGUUGACACCUCGGCCUCACUUGCCGCCAGUCUGA